AUGAUCGCGAGCGCUGUCGUUCAAUUCUCCGUCCUGGAUUACUUCUGUUUCGCGAUUGUGUUCAUCGUGUCCCUGUCUAUUGGCAUUCACUAUGCCAUCCUGGCCAGAAAGCGCGGGUCCAACAUUGAGGACUACCUCUUGGGCGGACGUAACAUGAAACUCGUACCAGUGAGCUUCUCCCUAGUUGCCACUGCAGUUUCCGGCGCCACGGUUGUAGGCCACAUCACAGAGACCUACGCCUACGGUCUCACCAUGUGGAUGUUCAUAGUCAUUGCUAUGAUUCGCUUGGUCGUCAUUCAGUACAUUUUCCUACCCGUUUUCUACGAACUGCAGCUCUUGUCGAGCUUCUCGUACUUGGAGCAGCGCUUCGAUCGCACGGUGAAGAAGAUUGCGAGCGCGAUGUAUCUCGUGGCGGGAAUAAUUUUCAUGCCUAUCGUUAUCUAUGUGCCCGCUUUGGCAUUUCAAAGAGUGUCCGGACUCAAUCUGUACGUAAUUGCGGCGACAAUCACUGUUCUCUGUAUUGUCUACACUGCGAUCGGUGGAAUAAAGGCUGUCGUCUGGACUGACGUGUUUCAGCUUGUUCUCAUCCUCACUUCCUCCAUUGUGAUCAUGAUCGUGGGCUUCAACAACGUGGGUGGCAUGAGAAACGUAUGGGAAGCCCUUGACCGAGGCGGAAGACUCGUAUUUGUCAAGCUUGAUCUUGAUCUGGAAGAGAGAGGAACUAUUUGGGGCUACCUCUUCAGCCUCAUUUUCGCGUCGAUCUACCACAUGGGCCUGAGUCAGAGCAGUAUUCAGCGCUACACUGCACUACCGACUCUGCAGAAGGCUAAGCAGAGUCUCUGGAUUCAGUUCGGAGUGUACAUGAUCAUCAUAUUGACCGACUUGGCAAUUGGCAGCAUCAUGUAUGCCGCUUAUGAAGACUGCGAUCCUUUUAGCGCCGGUCUCAUCGCGAAGAUCGACCAGACGUUGCCGCACUUUGUCCAGGAGAGAGCCUCACUCUUUCCCGGCUUCAAUGGGAUCUUCAUAGCUGGUAUCUUCGCUCCUUGA